UCACGACUUUAGUUUGAAGCACAGUAGUCAAUGUAAAGUCAGUCUGCAAAAUUCAAAAUCUGUGGCCGUGCACGUUCGUUGUCACCGUAAAACAUAAAUAUAUUCAAAAACAUAAGCUACAGCGGAAUUUUUAUUUGAAAUAUUUAUAUUUGAGGAAAGCAUCAAUGGGUCAAACCUUGUCCGAGCCCAUGACCGUAAAGGAUUCGGCAAGCUGCCAGAAUUCGUUCUUUCGUGUCGGCUCUAGUUGCAUGCAAGGCUGGCGAGUUGAAAUGGAAGACUGCCACACUCAUAUUUUGGCUUUGCCCGAGGAUCCCAGUGCCGCGUUCUUUGGUGUCUACGACGGCCACGGUGGCUCGGCAGUGGCCAAAUACGCGGGAAAGCAUCUCCACAAGUUUGUCACAAAGAGAGCGGAGUAUUUGGAGAACCCUGAGCUGGCCCUAAAGAAGGCUUUCCUGGACUUUGAUCAUGAGAUGUUACACAACGGGUCUUGGGGAGAGCAGAUGGCCGGAUCUACAGCUGUGGUGGUUCUCAUCAAGAACAAUCGCUUGUAUUGUGCCAAUGCGGGUGAUUCUCGAGCCAUCGCCUGCGUUGCUGGCACCGUACAUGCGCUGUCUGUGGAUCAUAAGCCCAACGAUGAGGCCGAGGCUAAACGCAUUGUGGCUGGCGGAGGCUGGGUCGAAUUCAACCGAGUCAACGGCAAUUUGGCAUUGUCACGCGCUCUCGGCGAUUUCAUGUACAAGCGAAACAACGCCAAGAAGCCGGAGGAGCAGAUAGUGACAGCCUAUCCGGACGUGGAGGUGCGAGACAUCACCGAGGAUUGGGAGUUCAUAUUCCUGGCUUGUGAUGGCAUCUGGGAUGUAAUGAGCAGUUCCGAAGCGGCUCAGUUCGUGCGGAAGCGUAUUGGCGCCGGCAUGUCUCCCGAGUUGAUCUGCGAGGAGAUUAUGAAUAACUGCCUGGCACCGGAUGGCCACAUGGGCGGCAUAGGGGGCGACAACAUGACCGCUGUAUUGGUUUGUUUCCUACACAACAAGACCUAUGAGGACCUUACCGUACGAUGUGGCGGCGUUAAGAAGCCGACUGCCGUCGAGAAAGUGGGUGACGUUAGCCUGUCACUGGGCGUAACUUCAAAGUCGCAAUUUUCGCUCACAGCUUCGGAUGCUAAGGUUAGUGAUGGAAUCGCCUCCACUCCACCCACUGCCGCCACAUCUCCAUCCACUCCCCUAACUGCCCCACGUAAGUUGCAGGAUGCCUAGAGCGAGCUCUUUUCACCAUAUGUAAUGUUCCUAUUUACCUUAUUUGGCGCUGGUAUAUUGGUAACACAAAAAAACAAUCAUAUAUACAUACAUAUAUAGCAUGACCCCAACGUAUCAGACGAACUCACACAACACUAACAAAGCCCUGAACGAAAAAAUCGCUUUGGAUGAAAAAAUUAUAAGUCGUUCAUAUGUAUUUGUUGAUGCGUUUUUAUGUUUUAAAAUUAAUUAAAAGUUCAUUUAACAUUGUUUAAGAAAA